AUGGGGUUAGGACGAAGAUGGAGGGGAUAUGUUAUGGAAUGUGUUAGUACGUGCUCUAUGUUAGUGUUGAUAAACGGCUCGCCUUCUAAGCCGUUCAAAAUGGAAAGAGGCUUGCGACAAGGUGACCCCCUGUCUCCAUUUUUAUUUGUUCUCAUUGUCGAUGUCCUACAUAGGAUGAUUGGAGAGGCUGUUAGAAAUGGUCGCAUAUCUCCGUUAUUGGUUGGACGAGAUCAUAUUGAGCUGUCGUAUCUUCAGUUUGCAGAUGACACUAUAUUGUUAUGCCCACCUAAGCAAGAGACCAUCAAGAAUUACAGGAGACUACUUCGUUGCUUUGAGCUGAUGUCGGGUUUAAGCAUUAAUUUCGACAAAUCUAGCUUGCUCUCUAAUAACUGUUGA